UAAAUAUGUGCAGCCAUUACGAAAUUGCAUGCAAACAGGAAGCCUCUUGUUAGAUUAUUCACAAUGACAUGCUUAAAAGGUGUCUUUUCUGGCGGUCCAAGAAAGUAUAAUAUAUCUCAGGUCACGGAAGAGAGAAUUAGAUCUAUUGUCUACGGCAAUUGUAUCGGAGAUGCUUUGGGAUUACUCACAGAAUUUAUGCACAAACCCAAUAUUGAGAAAGUGUAUGGAGAGCAUAGAGCAAGUGGUUUGAAGUACUCUCACAAAGUGAAAGAUAGACAUAGGGGUCGAUGGGUUAUCGGUGAUUGGACUGAUGAUUCUGAUCAAAUGAUUUGUAUUAUGAGAUCCUUGGCUCAGAAAAAAAAUCUUGUUGUAACCGAUAUUGCUGAGGCGUUCUAUGACUGGUCGAAUGAAGGAUUUCCACAGCUAAAGGAUACAGGUGGUCUAGGAUUGGGAAGAACAACUUAUCUAGUUUUAUCAGAAAAAGACUAUCUUACGAAACCAGAGGAAAGCGCAAAGAGAGUUUGGAUUGACUCAAAUCAAAAUGCAGCACCAAAUGGCGGUGUGAUGCGAACUUCAAUUCUCGGAAUUUAUGAAUUUCAAGAUUUAAAUAAAGUUGCAGAGAACACAGUAAAAGUUUGCAGAGUUACUCAUUAUGAUCCUAGAUGUUCAGCUUCAUGUGUAGCAGUUACUAUUAUAAUUGCUAAAAUGCUUCAGAGAAUUGAAAACAAGAACCAGACUGAAUUUUCUGAUAACGAUAUUGAAGAGAUAUUAAAUGAAACCUAUGAAUUUACUUGUAAAUACAUAUUUGAAAAUGAAGAGUACACUGCUGACUUGAAGAGCGAUAAACUGGAUCAAUUCAAAGCGGACUUCAAGACUUACUUUUUUAUUAAGAAAGAUGGUUUGGAGGAAUUAAAGCUGGAUGAACCGGCUAAAAUUGGUUACACGUUUAAAUGUAUGGCAUCCGGAAUUUGGGCAUUGAAACAAGGCGAUCCAGAGAAAGCAUUAACUGAUCUAAUAAUGGAAGGAGGUGAUGCUGACACAAAUGGAGCAGUUGCCGGAGCUCUACUUGGUUGUAGAUACGGUUUAAAUAGGUUUCCUAAACACUGGAUAGAUGAUUUAGCCCCAUUACCAGUAAACUUUUUAGAAAAAAAUCUAAAUAAGUUCAUAAGUACUUUCUUCCUGACACCCGAGUAGAAAAUGUUGUCUUUAUUACAAUAUUAUUUAUAUUACUUUCUGCCUACUUCCUGUACAGCCAAAGCAAUGCUAUUUUUUUUUGUCAAUGAAAACAAACAAAAUCUGUCUUUUUCUUAUUUUAUUUAAAUUAACUUGUACAUAACUUAUUAAUUUGAAUUCUUUAUUUUUUAUAUUUGCUUAAAAAUCAAAAGAAAUAUUUCAACUGUAUAAUGAGCUGUUGUCUCUGUGUUCCUUCCUUAAGAGUUCGAAAUAAAGAAAGAGAUUUCAAGAGAUGCUUACCAAUUAAGCCUGAUUUUGAUAUUAUUAACAAUAGAAAUACAAAAGAAUUAGGUGAAAAAAAUGAAUUGCUUUUUCUGUCUAAUUUUCGAUAUUUCUUUAUAUAACUUUGAAGGUGAGACGCCAAAGAGGCUCUCGGAUAAAACAUUUAAUGAGAAAAUAGAAGUGCAAAGGCCAAUUUUAUCCAUAAUUAAAAGAAAAUCACUAAAAUCAAAAAUUAGAACAUCUACAAAUACUUCUACGACUACUUUCUCUCAAUUAUCUGUCAAUUCAAGUUGGAAUAAACUAAGAAGAAAUGAUUCUUACAAGAGAGCAUUGACUUGUAAAAAACCUUUUAUAAAUUAAUUCAAAGAACUAACAUUCUUCUGUAAAAUAUAAUAAUUACUACUAUGAUUUUGAAAAGUAGUCAAUAUAAGGCCCCGG